GCUGCUGAUGCUCUGGAUGUUGCAGUGUGUCCGACGAAAAAAGCAGCAACAGACAUCCAGUCGCUUUUACACACAGAUAACCCAGGCUUUACACAGCAUACAUCAGGAUUACCAUCUGAAGAUGCGUUAUAAUUAGCCUGGAGAAGUCAUCAGCAUCCUCUGUUGUGAUCUGACACAAAGACAGACGUACUGUUUGGAUUUGGGGUUUUAUAACUGAGGGACAAACUGAACAUCGUCGAAACGAAUAAAUAAACGCGAUGUCGUCGGAAAAACACGGAUUGGAGGAGGCAGCGGGGAGGCAGUCCAUGUCUCAGCCGAUGAUGCAGAUGGCUCCGCCUCCAUACCUCCCCACCCAGGACCCCAACAUGCCCCCGCAUCCUCCUCCACCCGGCUGUGCCCCGCAGCCCAAUUACCCCCCUCCCCCUCCUCCUCCUGGAUCAGAGGGGUACCUGCAGGAAACCCAGUUCCACUGCGGCACCCUCGGGCCCCAGGGAGCUCCGAACGGAUACCCGGUGCAGACGCACGGACCAGUGGGCACCGUCCCUCAUCCCCCGGUGGGCUAUUUACAUACAGGAUACCCCCUCCAGCUGCAGCCCUGCACGGCCUACGUGCCCGUCUAUCCCAUAGGCACAGGGGCGCAGCCUUACAUGCCCAACGGUGCACCUCAUCCAGGUGUUGCCCCCGGCCAGAUGGCCAUGCAUAUGCCAAAUGGCAUUGCUCUGAUGGAGUCUCGCCGUCCUCCUCAUGACUACCUGCCCAUCGCCGUCCUCACCACUGUCUGCUGUUUCUGGCCAACAGGAAUAAUCGCCAUCAUCAAAGCCGUGCAGGUGCGUACCGCUGUGGCUCGAGGCGAUAUGGUUACAGCAGAGAUCGCCUCGCGCGAGGCACGUAACUUCUCCUUCAUCAGUCUGGCGGUGGGAAUCGCCUCCAUCGUGCUCUGCACCAUACUCACCGUUGUGGUCAUCAUCGCCUCUCAGCACCACGAUGACGACUGGGAGCCCUAGAGAGCCCAGCGCGGGAUGCACCUCCCCAUCCUGACCCCAGGCCAUCAUUCCAGUCGGUAUUCUGCUUUUUCUGUCACACAGCACAGUUCUGACGCUCAAGCCACCACAUCCUAAUCUGCAGUCCAAAAUAUGCUUUUACAGCCAUUUGCCCAUGUAUUAGUUACAAAAUAGUUUGACGGUAUGGUAAAUCCGAGCGUGGGGAACACAGCGCAUCUACCAUGUCGUAAGCGGUGUACGCUCACACUCACAGAAACCUACCUGAACACUUCCUGUUUCUCCUAAACAAAAGCCUUUGCUAGAUCAGUAGUUAGAAACAUAGCGUACUAAAGACUUGAGUCAGGUCAGGUGUGUUAUCAUUUGCUCUUGACAUUUGCCAAAAAAGUAUUACAAGAACAUAAUUUUGGUAUAAUUGUGUUUUUUGACGUUCAAAACAUUCCAUCUAUUAUUUGUGCCAUUUAUCUGUUUAGAAAGAUAAUAUAUUUCUUUGCAGGAUAAACUGACAAAUUUAGUAACUGAAAGUGUAGAUAAAUUGUGUUUUCUAUACACUAAUUAUUGAAAAGUGUAACAUAAUGUAUUAAGUCGAAAGACUAAUAGAUUACUGAAAUAAGUUUCAAUAUAGUAGAACUGGAAUUUCACCUAAAGGAACUUCUGUUGUGUGCUUCAGAAGAGUGGAUAUCAGUAUUGAGUACUCAGUGGUUUCUUUUCUGAAACCCAAAGCCAGAAGUCUACUCAACGCAGUACACAAACACAGAUGCAAAUGCUUGCAUGCAGUUCUGUUGUACAUAUUUAAAGCUAGUGAUGCUCCGAAAGCCAAAUUAAAGUUGUAAUUUAGCUGAAAACCGAUGUCUGGGUAAUUAAAUUUGGGUAUUUGAACUCUAUGCUAUUCAGGGUGUUGUGUUUAUCAGGGCCGCUGCUGGCCAAAUGGGAGCCCUUAGCAGAAUUGUAUUGUUGUGCCCCCUCCCCCAAAUUUUAUAGAAGUUUAAAAAAAAAACACACACAUAGGGGUCAAAAUAGAACUUUAAUAAAUUAUAAAAGUACAAUUAAAUUGUAUUAUUUAAAAAGUACAAGUUGUAGCUAGACAGUUACCUAUGGCUAUGGUUUUAUUAAUACAGUUGUCUGAUUGAGUUUAUGGUCUCAAGCAUUCAGAAAUCACACAAAAGAAAAUUAAGCAGUUUUACUACGAUAAAACCACGGUUAAUUUUUGUAAGGGUUGUGAUGUCCAUAAGUUUUUGUUGAAGAAAUUAUAGAGGUUGUAGGAUUUCUAUUGCAAAAAGGUGGCCAAAAAUGAAAGAUUAAGUGGAUAUUUGAAUUAAUUGUUUGGUCAAUAUUAAACAAUGAUCUGAUCGUAAGUGUAACAACAGCAAUUACAGGCCUUUGGUGCCCUUGCAGGCAUUUGUAAUAAUAUGUAAUGUACAUAAAUUGUUUAUUUUGUAUUACAUUUUGUAUUUUAACAGUUUUAUUAAUUAACCAAUCAUUAUUGCCUCAUUGUUUUUAUUCAAUGCAUUUUAAGUCAUUUUAAAGGCUGUUGUUCGCUGGUCUGUUUUAAUUACCACAAAAAAUAUUAUUUGAAUACUUUUUUGUAAAUUAUUAUUUGAUGUAACUAAACCGUGGUUAAUUUGUGGUUACAUGGCUAAAAGAACCAUGAUUUAUUGGGUUUUAUUCGUAGUAAAACCAUGGUUAAUUUUCGUAAGGGUAACAUGGAAACUAUUUGAAUAUUAAGGCAGAUGCGUUGGUGGUGGUAAAAUUAUUACCGACAUUAAAACACGUUAUUAAAGGGAUAGUUCACCCAAAAAUUUAAAUUUGAUGUUUAUCUGCUUACCCCCAGGGCAUCCAAGAUGUAGGUGACUUUGUUUCUUCAGUAGAACACAAACAAAGAUUUUUAACUCAAACCGUUGCAGUCUGUCAGUCAUAUAAUGUCAGUCAAUGGGACCCACGGCUUUGAGAGAAAAAAAAACAUACACAGACAAAACCAAAUUAAACCCUGCGGCUCGUGACGAUACAUUGAGGUCUUAAGACACGAAACGAUCGGUUUGUGUAAGAAACUGAACAGUAUUUAUAUCGUUUUUUAUCUCUGAUCCGCCACACUGUCCAACUGUCCUGAGCGCGUUCACAACAGCCGGCGCGUGACGAGUCUUCUUCUUCUUGCAUUCUCUUAAAUGGACCAUUGACACUAUCUACAAUCUCAAUUAUCCACUGUAAAGCAAGAAGAAGAAGAAAAUGCGUUGCACCGGUUGUUGUGAACGAGCUCAGUACAGUUGGACAUUGCGGUGGAUCAGAGGUAAAAAAACGAUAUAACUACUGUGAAUUGAGAAUUGCAAUGUGUAUUUGCGUAUCAUUGCUGACAAGUUUACAAUGCAGCAAUAUAUGAAAAUAGCUAAAAGCAUUUGUGUUCAUGUACUUGCGUAGUGUAUGUCUUGGGCCUAAGUGUUCCCAAGCGUCUUGUUUGCAAACCGGUCUUGAAUCAAUCCAGUUCAGAGGUGUUGAAAGAAUGUAUUCUAGGGUGAAAUUAUUACUUCAUUACUGACUAUUGUAAAUUGGCUCUUCAUUGAAGGAACACAUGAGAUUUGUGUGUUGUGAACUAGUGUAUUAUUUAUUGUUUAAACACUAAAUUAUUCAUUUGUGUAUUAAAUUGAUACUUCUAUAUUUAUUGAAAUAUGUAAUCAUAGGUCUAACUGUUGUGCUGAAAUAUUUGGUUAUCUUUCCUAGAUAACAGUCAAUCAUCACAGAUGAUUGCUCAGCUGGCAUAUUUUUAUGACGCAUGUGAUAAUAUGCACUUUUAUGCUCAGUAAGCAAGUAGCUAGUUUGUCUCACUUCUUUGUAGAUGAGAGUGUAACUUGCUUCCAGUUCUGACCUCAUUGAAACUCCUCACAUGCUGCUGUCAGUUAGCUGUAGUUUGUUAGGUAAACGCAUUUAGCACAAUGGUUUGGUUGAAUGAAAAGAAUCAAACAAUCCUAGAGUGGUCCUACACACACACAUAUAUAUAUAUAUAUAUAUACAUAUAUAUAUAUAUAUAUAUUGUACUGAAACAUGGAUGCAAUGUUUUAGAUUUUUAUUUUAGGACUCCAGUAUGUGAAUUAAUCUCUUACUGCUUUAAAAAAUGCAUCCAUUUGUGCCAUCCACUGACUGUAUAAUCUGUAAAACUCUUUGUUUUCAAACAAGAGUUCACCCAAAAUGAAAAGUCUGUCAUUUACUCACCCUCAUACCAGUCCAAAAACCUUUAUGACUUUCUUUCUUCUAUGGAGCAUAAAAGGAUAAAUAGACCAAAAUGUUGAGUAUUCCAUAAUCUGAGGCUGUUAAACUCCAAAAAAGACCAAAAAAACAACAACCAGUGUUUAAAAAAUGGAGUCAAAUAUAUUAUUUGGCUUUAACAAGAUUUGUAAUAUAGUGGCCAAAAAUUUUAUUUUAUUUUAUUUUAUUUUAUUUUAUUUUAUUUUAUUUUAUUUUAUUUUAUUUUAUUUUAUUUUAUUUUAUUUUAUUUUAUUUUAUUUUAU